ACUGUUCAUGCAGACAUUGAUGCCAGGUUCACCCGAGGAGUUGCACAACCACGAAUACAACAUGACUGUUGGAUACGUAUCAGUGUAUGUAACCCGAAGUCCGUUUCUUACGGGCGGAACCCAGAUAGAUAAAGCUGCUGUAUUGUAGAGUCGCCCGUUUGAUACGAAAAAGGAUUCGACAAUGGCAAGUUGAGAAGUGCCUGAGCGCUGCUCUUGGACGCUGAGAGAACGGGUUCGAUUAUUUGCUGGACAGUUCGUGGAGAGAUGCGCCGCACCCUGGACGUAUUUGGGGUUCCGGUCGGUAUCGUUGCCUUCGGAGAAAGCGUGGAGGUGGGUUUCCAUAGACUACAAAGGCUCAUUUGCGAUCAAUCUGUAGAGGUAAAUUUGGACGUGAUGCACGGCACUUGGGAAAAUACAGAGAAAAACAAGGCGAUGUCGUGCACAGGAUCGACACUAUGUUAGAACCACAAAAUAAACGCAGAGAGACGACUCGGAUGUUGAUUCGUGGCGGGCGGCUGAGGGGGAUCGGUUAGGAGUAUGUUUGGACGUGUCUUGGUACCUCCCGCCUGCUAUACCAAUCGCGGAAGCUCCUAUACGCUCGGCUCAUUGUCCUGUUGACUCGCAGCCCCCCAUGUGCAUAAUCCGCUGUUGGAUGGGGGCCGUAGAGGAGGAAGAGCAGCCGAUAGCCGUCGUGUAGCCGCGACUGAGAGGGCGAAAUUGGGACGGAUGGGGCGUUGCCAUUCCGCUGUUGAAUGACAGGACAAAGAAGUGUCUCAUCUUCUCGUGCAGGCCGCUCAAAGAAGCCGCUGCGAAGAAAGCGCACAGAAGAGUGUUUCUUCCCGAAUUAACAAGCUGACAAGUAACGUUCAGAUCCUGUUCAGAUGCAGCGACCUCCUUUCUCUUCCUAUAAAGUACCGUCCGUGCUUCGCCCUUCUUAUCCACACUCCGCCGCUCUCCUAACUAAGCGUGCUCCUCCUCCACCAAUGCCUUCUCCACAAGUUGUUCCUACUGCCCUCCCCACACCGCCCUCCCUACCUCGUCGCCGCUCCUCGCGCAAUCGUCUGCAGCUUCCGCAGAACCCUGCAGAGCCACCAAUACCGCCAAGGCUCAUUGGUUCUCCGCUCUUGCAUCGUCUCACCACUUCACCGCAGACACAACCAUGCUACUUUAGCGAGAAGGCACAGUCCGAGCUUUGGCUGGAUGGUGAUGAGUUUGGUAUUGGAAGAAAGGAGAAUGCACACUUGCAGGAUAUUCCACUACCACCCUUACCAUCACCGCUCCUGCGCGUUCCAAGCACACCAAAACGUUCGGUCAGGCGUUCACCUCCUAGUAGUGCUUCCCGGCGAUCAAAUUCACCACCACCCACGGCGAAAUUCUCCUCGCCUCCGCCACCUGUCCCACCUAUUCCUGCAUCAGCUCUUGCCAGUCCGGGAUCUAAAAGGUCCGCUGUGCGCUCAAACCACUCCAAUUCUCAUCUCGCCAUCCCAGACCUAGUUUUAUCAUCGGCUUCAGCCGCCUCUGUGGACCCUCCUCAGAGGUGUGUUCCGCCUUCGACCGGUGUCACCUGUUUGGAGUUUAUCACGCUUCACAAUAGUUCACGCCGAGUAGCGACCUGAUGUUAUGGAGGAAGGUUUUCUGGUCGAACCUCCUGUCAGAAGGUGUUCACCAUUUUUUUUUGCCUCCGUUUCAAAACGCUCCUAUUUCACGGCUGCCGUUCCGACUUCCGUAUGCAGUGUAUCAACGAUGGCCCUUGUUCAUCUUGAAUCCAUACACCAAUCUUCCCGUACCGAAAUGAACCCGCUAAACAGCUCCGUCUUUUGCGGUCCUCCCACAUCAUCCCUUUGCAUACCACAUAUGUAGCCUCGCAUUCUCCUCCUUUUUCACUUAGAAGUGAUCCACAUUAUCAUCACUGUACCAUAUCUCCUCGCAUCGUCUUUCCGUAUCACAGCAUUUCAUUCCACUACUUAUACAAUUUUUCAUUUCGGGUCUCACGCUGCUAUUUCCCUAUCGUACAUCAUUUUCACUUCUUUGGGCUGCCGGUGUCUUCAAUUCACAAUCUCAGCAUCUCCGUUGUCCUUAAAAUCGUAUGCACUCACGCUAAUCGCCGUUUUACCUUAUUCUUGGAUCCAAAACUACCGUAUACGUAUACAAUGUAAUAUGUUGCUGUAACGAUGGAAUCAGAAAAAGUCGUUUUGCGUUC